GAAGCCACUAACAGCUACGCAAGCAAGUUACAGUCGCUCGCAGACCCAGGCCCGCUGGGCCUGUCGCUGAAAGCUUGCCGACAACACUGUCUUCGCAAGCUUACUAGCAAGGGCAGCCCAUUCUCGGUGCUUAGCGCAAGCGAGCACAGGUCUCGAGAAUGGGCGAUGCGCCCGCGAAGCCGACUGCUUCCGCGGUGCGACGCCUGCAGCGCGACCUGCGCCAGUGGGAGCGAGAUUAUGAGGAGCUGGGCCUGCCAGUCCUCCUCCACCAGUUGGAAGCGCAGGACUGGCUCGCCCGGCUGGCCAUCAACAUGGCGCCCAAGGAGGGUCCGUUCGCGGGCUGCGUGUUCCACCUGCAUGCCACCUUCCCGCCCGACUACCCGCACGCCCCGCCCGACGUACGGCUGAUGGAGGCCCCGCCCGGCUUCGACCACCCCAACUUGUUCGCGGGCUGGUCGUCGGCGCUAACGCGCGAGCGCGAGGGCUUUUAUAUUUGUUUGGAUAUGAUCAAACCCAAUUCCGUGGGGCCGUACAAGUUAGCCGUGACACGCGCUCUAGCACCCUAGCAACACCGGCCUCGUGUCAGUGUGCCGUGGAUGCGUGACGGUGUACCGUAUGUGUCGGCCGGAGCGCGGUGUUCCUUGGAGUUCAAGCUA